CGGGCGUUGUUUGCUACAUCGUCUGCCAUUUUGGCUACGAGUACGUAGCGCAGCAUCUGGUGUAAACUGACUUUUCUAGUUAUAUAAUAGUAGUUCUCCCAAUUAGCAUAUAAUCUUUCAAGAGAAAAUGCUUUCUGCCGCCCAGUUGCUCGAUGAGUUAAUGGGCCGAGACAGAAACUUGGCUCCUGACGAGAAGCGGGCUAACGUUCGAUGGGACGACGAGAGCGUCUGUCGGUAUUAUCUGUGUGGCUUCUGUCCAGCUGAGCUAUUCACAAACACACGUUCUGAUUUGGGUCCUUGUGAGAAAAUCCACGAUGAAAAUUUGAGGAAAACGUAUGAGAAGAGCUCUCGGUUUUUGAAAGAGGGCUACGAGAGAGACUUCCUGCGAUAUCUACAAUCCCUGCUGACUGAAGUGGAGCGGCGGAUUCGUAGAGGGCAUGCUCGGCUCGCACUUUCCCAGGCCCAACAAAACUCUGGGGGUCCUGCGCCAACAGGAAAGAAUGAAGAGAAAGCCAAGGUUCUAACAGAGAAGAUUGAAGACCUUGUUGUUCAGAUUGAGGAGCUGGGGUCGGAGGGUCGUGUGGAGGAGGCUCAGGGAAUGAUGAAGUUGGUGGAGCAGCUAAAAGAGGAGAGGGAGAUGCUCAGCGCCAACCCCUCGACAAUUGAAAGCUUUGCAGCUCAGGAGAAACAGAUGGAGGUGUGUGAGGUGUGUGGGGCCUUCCUCAUUGUGGGUGAUGCACAGUCCAGAGUGGACGACCACUUAAUGGGCAAACAGCACAUGGGCUACGCCAAGAUUAAAUCCACUGUGGAGGAGCUAAAGGAAAAACUGCGACGCCGUUCUGAGGACCCACCGGGCGAAAACCCAGUCCUCAAACGGGACCGAGAAGAACGAGAGCGUGAGAGGGAGGAAAGGGAGAAAAAGCGCAAAGAGGAGGAGGAAAAGGAGAAGGAAAGAGAGAAAGAGCGAGAACGUGAGAGGGAGAAGGAGCGUGAGAGGGAGCGAGACAGAGAACGGGAGCGAGAUCGCGAGAGGGACAGGAGGUCACGACGAAGCCACUCCAACAGCCGCCACUCCAGCCGAGCGUCGGACAAGAAACGGAGCAGGUCCCGCGACCGCCGGAGGUCCAGGAGCAGAGACCGGGACAGAGAACGGAAGCGCAGCAGGAGCCGGGACAGGGAGAGGAGGCGCAGCCGAGAGCGCUCCGAUAGGAAACACCGCUCCCGCAGUCGUGACAGGAGGAGGUCCCGCAGCUCAGAGCGCAAGUCUUACCGCCACCGCAGCCGUAGCCGCAGCAAGGACAGAGAAAGAGACAGGGGCAGAGACAGGGGAAGGGACAAAGACAAAGAGCGGUCACCAAAAGACAAAGACCGUAAGGCAACAGAGGAGAAGAGCAGUUCUAAGAAAGACAAGCACACUGAAAGUGAUGCAGCUGCCUUCAAGGCUUCAUCAGAGCUGGAGCCAAUGCAGACUGAGGCAGCUGCCUCCCCCCCUCUGCUUAACGGCCAGCAAGAGCUCCUCCAAUCUGAAGGUGACACUCAGUCCAAUUAAAACUGAUCUGAUAGGACCUCAGAUCAGGCUCAGGGGAAGCUGGGAUAUCUUGCGGAGGAAGAAGUGGAAGCUCAAACCCGUCUUUACCCUGAACCUGACACGUCGCUGCUUAAAAACAAGGUGAACCACAAAUGUGUUGUGGCUUAUUUAAGAAACAAACCUAAAGUACACAUGUAAAUGAGGGGAGAAACGAUACUUUUGUUUUUGUUUGUUUGUUUUUAUUUACCUGUCAGUUUUAUUGGCUGGAUGACGAUAGUUGUGGUUCAUCUAAUUUUCAUCGGCUUUACUGGUCUAAAUGGCAGCCAAAUAUCACUUAGAAUACACUUGUUGUUUUUAGGGUUUUUGUCUUAUUUUGAAAAUCUUUACACGUCCUCUGUGUUUCUUGGCAUUUAGUAAAACUAAACUAAAUUAAAAAAAAAAAACAACUACUUGUGAUUUGUAUUCCUUUGUCAGGUGGCAUUUCUCUUCCUGACCUCCUUUUUUAAACCGUAUGUACAAUGUAAGAACCUUGACAGGGAGUGACUCCUACGUAAAGCCCACGCUUGUUCCAUAUCUGUAAACUAUUGAAUUCUUUUGAUCAAAUGCUUUUGAACACUUAGGGUUUGUUUUAAGUUUGCUUUGCUUUUUA